CAAAGGUCAGAGGAGAACUGUUUCCGGUGGAUGUUUAGGUCUCACACACACGGGGGGAGUGAAACCUUAACGACUUUAAAAUGCUGCUCAGAGUGAGUAUGAACGUCUUUUGAUUCCAAACCUUCUUAUCGGUGUGUGUUUAAAUAUAACUCAGAGUCUGAUAAAAGCGCGUGCUCGUGUUGUUAUGGCAGCAGAUGGUGUUUAGCGCGUUAGCUCGCAGUUAGCUUGUGUAACGUUAGUUUAUGUCAUCACCUCUAAACCUGACAGCUGCUCACCUCACUAAAGAGCAACUUUAUAACAUCUUUUUACUGCAUUAUAGGGUUCAUUUAUACGGAGAAAAGACGCUAAACUAACUAUAAAUAUUAAUGUUCUUUGGGUUUUCUCCAAACGGUGUCGUUUUAAGGAUGAUAAGAUAACCUCUAACCCUUAUUUAUAUUUGUAAAUGAACCUGUGCAAGAAUUUAAUGAAGCCAUGAUUAGACAGAGAAAACCUGCACAGAUUGAUAACAACAACAAUAAUAUCUUUAUUUUUAUAGCACUUUUAAAAACGGAAGUUUACAAAGUGCUUUGACAAACAGUCGUAAAACAAAUAAGAAACCCUGACAAUACAAGAACCCUACAACAUAAACUGAGACCAUGGGGACCAAAAUAAAAAGAUAAAGUAGGUAAGAAAAAUAAAUGUAAUAAAAAAGGGGGAAAGAAAGCAGGAAACAGGAUAGUAAGUAUAAAGUAUAGAGUAUAAACGAGGAUAUUAAUAAUGAUGAUAAAACAUAGAUGGUAACAUUGAUGAUAAAGUGGAACAACAAAAAUGAGGAGGAAGAUACAAUAAAAUUAAUAAAGAGGCCUAAAAGGUGAAAUAAGAAAAGGUUAUAAGUAAAGGGUCGGUGAGAAAUAAGGGUUUGCAUCAUGAGUAAUUCAAAAAGGUUUUAAUAAAUUGUUUUAAAAGUUUGCAUUAAGUUUGCAAAGAUGUAUAUUUUGUAUCUCCGUUGGUUUCAUAUAAUUUCAAACAGCAUUUUAACCUUUUUUUUUUAAAACGAAUGAUGGAUUUCCCUUGAAAAUGUCAAGUGGGGAAAUAUUACAUACUUAUUCCCACCUAUAGUGUAUGCAAAUGUACUUAUAAGAAAAGUUACUACAUCAUAAUGUAGCACUGUUAAAUUUCAUUUUUAUAUCAUGAUACAUAUAUUGAUAUUUGCUGAUAUGUAAAAAAUAAAUCGUGAUAAACUUUUCCCAUAUCACUCAGCCCUAGUGUAUAUAAAAGAUCCAAACUGAUAGACAGCAUCAUGUGCAGUGGUUGUCAUCACCUAGUUUUUGCUGCAGAGUGCGCUCAGACUCCUUAUAAUCUUGUUUGCAGUGUUUGCAGCUCAUGCAGCAGAGCAUCUCAGCUGAGCAGACUCUAGUUUACUUUGAAAACAAUGUGCAGUGAAUGUGCAUUUAUAUAUAUGAAUAUAGAUCUGGUAUGUUUGCAUUUGUUUAUCUACAGGACGGUGUGUGAAAUUAUAUUUAUGUUACCUCUAAUGAUCCGUAUUUCUGACUUUCAGAGGGCGUUACACAUUGGAGGCUUGACACUGAAACACUGCAGGUCCAUCCACCACAGUCCCGUAUGGAGGAGUCCUCUUAUACCCAUAGUCGUAGAGCAGACGGUGAGUCAGGAAGGCAACGACUGUUUUCAAUUCUAUCAUCGGCUAACAGCCGGUGUGCAGAGCAGGAGGCAAGAAAGAGACAAUAAAGAUGAGACAUGAUCACGGUCAACAUUGAUGGUCCCUCUCACAGUAAAGAUGUGAUUUUAAUGCUGGAAAGCUGGUUUACCUAACAGCUAGUUGAGAUUUCAUAGUCACAGAGGAAUGAAAACAUCAGCAGUGUGUGAGUAUUAAACAAUAUCUGUGAAAAAUCAAUGAUAAGAGGAGUGUAAACUAGAUAUAGAUAAGCUUCUUCCCUUGUGCGCAGUGAUGAGUUCAUAAUAUACGUUAAAACCGAACUGUGCAAAAUGUUUGUGCUGCGAUACUCUGUGGUUUGACGCAGCGCUGGAUAAAGUGUUUGUGUUCUUAAACUUGAAAACAAAUCUGUUUUUUUUUCUCUGUUUGUGUCCAGGGGAGAGGAGAGCGGGCGUAUGAUAUCUACUCUCGCCUGCUGAGAGAGAGAAUCAUCUGUGUGAUGGGUCCUGUAAGUGUCAGGACGCUGCAAUCAUCCCAAAGUGGAGAAAUAAAGGAGUUUCAGUUUUGAAUUCGUACUCUUUCUCCUCUGUUUAGAUCGAUGACUCCGUAGCCAGCCUGGUAAUCGCCCAGCUGCUCUUCCUACAGUCAGAGAGCAACAACAAACCAAUCCACAUGUACAUCAACAGUCCCGGUAAGUCCAAGGAGAGAAGGAGAGCAGAAAUUAUGAAGUCAUCCUUAAUGUGGGGAAGAAAUCACAGAAUUCAAAUGAAGCAGAACCAGGGAAAUGAGACAUGCUGUAAACCCCUGCAUUAUUUUGUCUUGUAAUUUCGACUCCUGCGUACGUAUGUGUGCUAAAAAUGACUACAUUCAUGCGGUUUCUCCUUUCUUUCCUCCUCCAGGCGGUGUGGUGACAGCAGGCCUGGCCAUUUACGACACCAUGCAGUACAUCCUUAAUCCCAUCUCCACCUGGUGUGUCGGUCAGGCAGCCAGCAUGGGCAGCCUGCUCUUAGCAGCAGGAACAUCGGGCAUGAGGCAUUCCCUGCCCAACGCCCGCAUCAUGGUCCACCAGCCGUCAGGAGGGGCCAGGGUAGGGUGGUCUGCUCCGAGCGUCCUUCAACACUGAUCUGAAGUGAAGAGCGACAGGAAUAACAAGUCUGAAACUAUUAAAAGUAAUGUUGAAUAAGAAUCGUGGUUCUGUGUGUGUGUGCAGGGUCAGGCCACAGAUAUCGCCAUCCAGGCCGAGGAGAUCCUGAAGCUGAAGAGACAGAUCAACAACAUCUAUGCCAAACACACGGGGCAGCCGCUGGAAACUAUUGGUGGGUUUGAACAACUUUCUGCUGCCUGAAAAAGAGGAAUAUCUCUCUUAUUCCUCUUUUUCAUGCAGCACACUUCUUCAUGCUCAUUUGAUGCAAAGGAAUCAGAAACUUAACUUUGAAGAGUAUAUUUACAAAUGUAUUUUAUUGUGUCUGUUAUUUUUACCGGCGGCGCAGUGGUGUAGUGGUUAGCACUGUCGCCUCACAGCAAGAAGGUCAUGGGUUCAAAUCUGGCUCAGGGCAUUUCUGUGUGGAGUUUGCAGGUUCUCCCUGUGUCUGCGUUUACCCUGGGUACUCCGGUUUCCUCCCACAUCCCAAAAAAUGCCUAAAUGGGGUUAGGUUAAUUGGCCACUUCCAAAUUGCCCUGUAGGUGUGAAUGUGAACGUGGAUGGUUGUUGCCCUGUGAUGACCUGGCGACUUGUCCGGGGUGUCCCCUGCCUUCGCCCAAAGAUGCUGGGAUAGGCUCCAGUAGAAAAUGGAUGGACGUUAUUUUUACUUUAAAUGUAAGUCCUAAAUGGCGUCUCUUUUCUCUCCUCCCUGCAGAGAGCGUGAUGGAGAGGGAUCGCUACAUGAGCCCCAUGGAGGCGCAGGAUUUUGGUAUCAUCGAUCGGGUCCUUGUCCAUCCACCCCAAGCCGGCCAGGAUGAACCAGAGCUGGUUCAGAAAGAGCCGGCAUCCACAGCCAGUACCUCCCCACAGCCUGAGUCCACGGCUCCAGAGACCUCCUCCCCUGGGACUAACCCCCCCUCCUCAUACAAACCUGAGCCAUGAAGGCACCGACCGCAGCACAGCUGACUGAAGCUCCUGAAGCCAAACCUCCACGGUCGUCUCACUGGCUUAUUUCCACUGCAAAGUCCACACCUGCGAGGACAGAUGCAGAUAACCUCAUGUUUGUUACAGGUUUUUAAAGUGCAGUUUCAGGUUUUGAUUCCUCUGGUUAUUAAAAUUACAAUGUGAUACUAAAAUAACAUUUUUGUAUCACAGCCGAGUGGGUCAUCAAAUGCACAGUUCCAUGACAUGUUUUCCUUUAGUGUCUUUAAGGAGGGGGAAGAACUUCAAGACUGUAGAGCCGUGUUUAUCUGUGCCCCCUGCUGCAGAAACUGAACAGUGGAGAGGACUGUCUACCCUUAAUUGAACUCAUAUUUUUAAUAAAUAUGAUCACUUUGACCACAAAAUAACAUCCGCUUCUUUUUCAAUCAUUAACUCUGUGUUUGAUCCUGACCCCUGCAGUGUUUAAAUCCAGAAUAAAUCUGAUCAGCAGGUCGCUGACACAUUAACAUUUCAAA